UGGGGCGCGGAGGAGAGAGAGUGGGGCGCUUGCUCUGGGCUGGGGGGAGGCGGUGGCGGAGAAGGAGGAGAAGAAGGAGGAGCUGGGCCAGCAGGAGGCAGCGGCCGAGAUCGGGCUAGGGUGAUGGUGCAGGUGCCCGGGGCCCGCGCGGAGCUGCCCGGCUGAGGGGCGCCUGGUCCGGGGUCCGCAGCGCCGCCGCGUCUCUCCCGGGGGCGGGCGAGCGGGCGGGAAGAUGCUGAGCAGGUUGAUGAGCGGCAGCAGCCGGAGCCUGGAGCGCGAGUACAGCUGCACCGUGCGGCUGCUGGACGACAGCGAGUACACCUGCACCAUCCAGAGAGAUGCCAAAGGCCAGUACCUGUUUGAUCUUCUUUGCCACCACCUGAACCUUCUUGAGAAAGACUACUUUGGGAUCCGCUUUGUGGACCCAGAUAAGCAGCGGCAUUGGUUGGAGUUUACAAAGUCUGUGGUGAAGCAGUUGAGAUCCCAGCCUCCGUUCACCAUGUGCUUCCGUGUGAAGUUCUACCCCGCAGACCCUGCGGCCCUGAAAGAAGAGAUAACCAGGUACUUAGUCUUCCUACAGAUCAAAAGGGAUCUCUACCAUGGCCGCCUCCUCUGUAAAACAUCAGAUGCUGCCUUGUUAGCAGCUUACAUCCUUCAAGCGGAGAUUGGGGAUUAUGACCCAGGGAAACACCCUGAAGGCUACAGCUCCAAGUUCCAGUUUUUCCCAAAACAUUCAGAGAAGCUGGAAAGGAAAAUUGCUGAGAUUCACAAAACAGAACUCAGUGGUCAAACACCAGCAACAUCAGAACUGAACUUUUUAAGAAAAGCACAGACAUUGGAGACAUAUGGAGUGGACCCUCACCCAUGUAAGGAUGUGUCAGGAAAUGCUGCAUUUCUGGCCUUCACUCCUUUCGGGUUCGUGGUUCUGCAAGGAAACAAGAGGGUCCACUUCAUUAAAUGGAAUGAGGUGACCAAGCUGAAAUUUGAAGGAAAGACUUUUUAUUUAUACGUAAGUCAGAAAGAGGAAAAGAAAAUUAUUCUCACAUAUUUUGCUCCAACUCCAGAAGCCUGUAAGCACCUCUGGAAAUGUGGAAUCGAGAACCAAGCCUUCUACAAGCUGGAGAAGUCAAGCCAAGUCCGCACAGUGUCCAGCAGCAAUUUAUUCUUUAAAGGGAGCCGGUUCCGAUACAGUGGCCGAGUUGCAAAGGAAGUAAUGGAGUCAAGUGCGAAGAUCAAACGGGAGCCACCAGAAAUACACAGAGCAGGGAUGGUUCCCAGCCGCAGCUGUCCGUCCAUAACCCAUGGCCCAAGGCUGAGCAGUGUUCCCAGGACCCGGAGAAGAGCUGUUCACAUCUCCAUCAUGGAAGGCCUAGAGUCUCUACGGGACAGUGCCCAUUCCACCCCGGUGCGUUCUUCCUCCCAUGGGGACACCUUCCUGCCUCACGUGAGAAGCAGCCGGGCAGACAGCAAUGAGCGAGUCGCUGUGAUUGCAGACGAAGCCUACAGCCCUGCAGACAGUGUGCUGCCCACCCCUGUGGCUGAGCACAGCCUGGAGCUGAUGCUGCUUUCCCGGCAGAUCAAUGGGGCCACCUGCAGCAUCGAAGAGGAGAAGGAGUCUGAGGCCAGCACUCCAACUGCUGCAGAGGUGGAGGCCCUUGGGGGAGAGCUAAGGGCCCUGUGUCAGGGGCACGGCAGGCCAGAGGAGGAACAGGUGAAUAAGUUUGUUCUAAGUGUGCUCCGUUUGCUCCUUGUGACCAUGGGACUCCUCUUUGUUUUGCUCCUCCUCCUGAUCAUCCUUACCGAGUCUGACCUUGACAUUGCCUUUUUCCGCGAUAUCCGCCAGACCCCCGAGUUUGAACAAUUCCACUAUCAAUACUUUUGUCCCCUCAGGCGAUGGUUUGCCUGCAAAAUCCGCUCAGUGGUGAGCCUGCUCAUUGACACCUGAGAAGGCAUGAGUCCUCCCAAUAACUAGCCAGGUGGACCCAGGAGCCCGGCUACCCAUUCCCAGCAAUGGGACCCAUCGCGGAACCAUCGGCACAUGUACCAAGUCCUCCUCUCAUGACUCAAA